GAUAACUUUUUUUGCAGCUUGCUUUUAGUACGCUAUAAUGACAUCUACUGAACAUUGUUGGUAGCAGUUGCAUGAGCAGAAAAGGGAAAGAACAUGGAGGACGAUCACGGCAUGCGACGGAGUGUGGAGGAGCUCCGGCAGACGUUUAAGAGCGGCAAAACUAGAGGCGUUGAUUGGAGAAAAUCACAGCUUCGAGCAAUUCUCCGACUGAUUGAGGAAAACAAAGAUAACCUCUAUCAAUUACUUCAAUCCGAACUCGGAAAACACCCUGUGGAAUCUUAUCGUGAUGAAAUUGGAAUAGUGAAGAAAUCAGUUGACCUUGCAUUGAGCUGCAUUGACCAAUGGAUGUCUCCAAAGAAGGGUUGGCUACCUCUACUUUUCCUCCCAGCAAGCAGGAAACUGUUGUCCGAACCACUCGGUGUAGUCCUCAUCAUUGGUUCUUGGAACUUCCCUAUUUCAUUGAUAUUGGACCCGUUGAUAGGGGCAAUAUCUGCUGGAAACACAGUAGUGUUAAAACCAUCUGAACUAGCCCCAAAUUGUUCGUCUUUUCUUGCCAAAUUAUUGCGAGUUUACUUGGACUCUAAAGCCAUUAAGGUUAUAGAAGGUGGAAGAGAAGUAAGCAACCAACUUCUACAAUAUAAAUGGGACAAAAUAUUCUUUACAGGGAGUGUAAAAGUGGGAAAACUUGUAAUGGCUGCAGCUGCAAACCAUUUAACUCCUGUCACAUUAGAGCUUGGAGGAAAAUGUCCAGCCAUUUUUGAUUCUCUCCCUAACGCAGAUAUUAAGGUGGCUACAAAAAGAGUUGCUAGUGGAAAAUGGGGGGCAUGUUGUGGACAAGCUUGCAUAGGUGUUGAUUAUAUGCUUGUGGAACAAAAAUUUGCCACCACUCUGAUUGAAGAACUGAAGAAGACUAUUAAAACAUUUUAUGGUGAUGAUGUGAGAAACUUGAAAAAUAUGUCUAAAAUCAUCAACAAGUUCCAUUUUGAUAGAUUGAGAAAUCUUCUAGAAGAUCCUGCUGUCGCAAAUUGUAUUGUUUAUGGUGGUUCUUUCGAUGAAAAGAAUUUAAUCAUUGAACCUACAAUCCUGUUAGAUCCUCCACUUGAUGCAGAAAUCAUGAAUGAAGAAAUAUUUGGCCCUUUGCUUCCAAUUAUCACUUUGGAUAACAUUAAAGAAAGCAUUGAAUUCAUCAACUCAAAGUCAAAGCCUCUUGCCCUUUAUGCAUUCACCAAAAACGAAAAUUUCAAGAAACAAAUAUUAACAGAAACGUCAUCGGGAAGUGUGACUUUUAAUGACACCAUGAUUCAGUUUGCUUGUGAUGAUUUACCAUUUGGAGGGGUUGGACAAAGUGGGUUUGGUAGGUACCAUGGGAAGUAUUCUUUCGAUGCAUUUAGCCAUGAAAAAGCAGUUUUGGAGAGAAGCUUCUAUUUUGAGCUUGACCCAAGGCAUCCACCAUGGAAUAAUUACAAAUUGGAGUUUUUAAGGUUAGCAUACAACUAUGAUUAUGUUGGAUUGGUGCUACUCCUUUUGGGAUUGAAGAAGCCAUUGAGUUCUUGAGAUGAAUAUGGUGAAAGUGAUAUUUAUGGUUUCUAUGAAAUUUUAAAGAUUAAAAAAGCGUGUUAAUGUAUGAGAUGAAAACUAACUUACAAUCAUGUACUUGUAAGUGUGUGUAUUUUAAGUAAUCAUGUAAUGUGUGACGAAUGAUCCAUUUAUGUGUGAUGAAUGAUCCAUUUUAUGUA